AUGUGGAUGUUUGGCGCAAGCUGGGACUCCUCUUAUAUUUGGCCAUGCACUCAAGUGAGGAGGAUGCAGAUCGCUUUGUACCUUGUUCGAGAGCCCAUGAACUACAUAAGGCAUAUGGUGCUCACGGAAGCAAGAAGAGUUGCACCUCAAGUUGAAGCUGCAGUGGAAGAGUACAAGAAAACCCAUGAAAAGAGGAAAAAGGAAAGAGAAGAGCACAAGGAAACCCAGUCAACGAGCCCAAGAACAACCUGA